AUGUCAGCCCGACAGAUUGUCCUGUGCUUCGAUGGCACAGGAAACACCUUCCGUACAGAUGGCACGGACACCAACGUCUUGAAAAUCUGUCGGAUGUUGGAAAAGUCCGACGAACAACUAUGUUACUACCAGCCAGGAAUCGGCACCGAUAUAACCCCAGGCUCCCUGGCCAGCACGACAAUCCAAAAGAAGGGCAAACUGGGCAAUAGCAAAGCGCUCAAUCUUGCACUGGGUCGUUCCUUCGAUCGGCAUGUUCUGGGUGGGUACCGCUUCCUCAUGCGGCACUACCAAGCAGGCGCCAAAGUGUAUAUUUUCGGCUUUUCACGUGGCGCAUACACGGCACGGUUCUUGAAUGAGAUGCUCGAUUAUGUCGGGCUGCUUGGCCCGGAUAAUGAAGAAGUGGUGCCAUUUAUCUGGGAUGCAUUUGUGUCUUGGAAGCUUGGCCGAACGGAUAACAGCCGAGAAGAGAAGCACAGGGCUUUCGUAACCAUGAAACUCAGCCGGGAGACACUGUCGCGGCCUAUGGCUCGUGUGCACUUCUUGGGCAUGUUCGAUGCAGUCAACAGUAUUGCGGAUUUUGAGGUUAACGUUGACGAGAUGCCCUCGAGCAAGGUAGUUCGACAUGCGGUUAGCAUUGACGAACGACGAAUCAAGUUCCGGCCGGUGUUGCUGCGGUCGCAUAAAGACGAAUGGGUUCGCAAAACGCCCUUGCACGAAAAGAAGCACGCGAAAAAGACCUGGACCAAUGAUAACGAACACAAUUCUGGACCUCCCGUUCUACCGGAAAUCCCAAACCUCAGCCCACCAAGCAAAGAUCAAGGGAUCAAAGUGGAAGAUGGUGACGAUGACGACAUGCAGGACAUCGAAGAAAUGUGGUUCCCCGGCGGACACGCAGACAUUGGCGGAGGAUGGAGUCUCGGAGCCAAGGAGGAAUGGCCAUUAACGCAUACGCCUCUCGUAUGGAUGGUACAAGAAGCGCGGCGGGCGGGCCUGCGGCUCGAUUUGGACAAGAUGAAACAGUACGAGUGCGUUGAGGAACACCAUGGUGAUUCUGGAUUGGAAAACAAUUCGAACUUGGAGAGGGACAUUUCAGGCUCAGGAUUACCGGCAGACCACCAAGGUUACCUACGGGCGCUUCGCUUGGCCGGCACUGAAGGGCAUAUCCAUGAUCUCCUUGCGUAUGGUAACGGUCUCCCGCUAAUUUCUGUCCUCUCGUGGCGUCUGAUGGAGUAUCUUCCCAUGCGACGGAUGGAAGUGCAGCCUGAUGGAGCGAUGAAGGCUGUACGGUGGCCGCCGCCGCGUGGUCGGUCUCGCGAUAUCCCUAUUAAUGCCCGAAUCCAUGUCUCUGCUAUCCAGCGUAUGAAGUCAGACCCGUCUUACCGUCCGGACAAUUUGCUUUCUGGGGGGCAGAAGCGGGAUACGGGUGACCCUGCUGGCAUCGAGAAUUGGGUUGUCCACUCCCAUGAAGGUGAUCCAGUGCGGGAGAGGUAUGUUCGUAGGUAA